AUGUCGUUCUUCAUUGAGAACCCCAAUGUGGGCAACCACAAUCACCUGGAAGACUCUCGCAUUGCCGGCUACAACCCCCUCACCGCGCCCAAUGUCCUCCAACAUGAAAUUGCCUUGACAGAUAAGUCACGACAGACUGUACUGCAAGCUCGUGACGAAGCAGUUGCAAUUGUCCAUGGUACCGACAAAGAGAGGGAGCGUCUGAUGGUUGUCAUUGGACCCUGCUCCAUCCACGACCCGGACAUGGCCCUGGAAUACUGCGACCGCUUGAUGAAGCAGAAGGAGAAAUACGCCGAUGACUUGUUGAUUGUUAUGCGCUCCUACUUGGAAAAGCCUCGCACCACAGUUGGCUGGAAGGGCCUGAUUAACGACCCGGAUAUCGACAACAGCUUCAAGAUCAACAAGGGUCUCCGCACCUCCCGUCAGCUGUUCGUUGAUCUCACAAAUAAGGGCAUGCCCAUUGCCAGUGAGAUGCUUGAUACCAUUUCCCCACAGUUCUUGGCCGAUUGUUUAUCCGUCGGCGCCGUCGGUGCCCGUACCACCGAGUCCCAGGUCCACCGUGAGCUGUCCUCUGGUCUGUCCUUUCCCGUCGGUUUCAAGAACGGCACGGAUGGCUCCCUCGAUGUCGCAGUCGAUGCCAUCGGCUCCGUCAAGCACCCCCACCAUUUCCUCUCUGUUACCAAGCCCGGUGUUGUCUCCAUUGUGGGUACCGUCGGUAACCCCGACUGCUUCGUGAUUCUGCGCGGAGGCAAGAAGGGUCCCAACUACGAUGCUGCCAGUAUCGCUGAUGCUAAAGUCAAACUUGAGGCUAAGGGACUUGCGCCUCGUCUGAUGGUAGACUGCAGCCACGGUAACUCUGAGAAGAACCACAAGAACCAGCCCAAGGUCGCCGCCGUGCUGGCUGACCAGAUUGCUGCGGGUGAGACUGCCAUCAUGGGUGUCAUGAUUGAGAGCAAUAUCAACGAGGGUAACCAGAAGGUCCCACCGGAGGGCAAGGCUGGCCUCAAGUACGGUGUCAGCAUUACUGAUGCUUGCAUCCACUGGGAAGAUACCGAGUCCGUGCUGGAGGUAUUGGCACAGGCUGUGCGCGCUCGCCGGCAGAAGCUGAACGGCAACUAA